AUGAUAGAGAAGGUUUCAUUCGAAUCGAAAAUGCGAAUGAAACUUCUCAUCGUUUGUUGUCUUCUGACAUUCACAACUGCCGAUGAAGGCGAUGAAAGCUUUAAGAAGAUGUGUGAAUUCUGGAGUGGCGCUCAGAAAAGUUAUCGUGAGAGACUAAGUUCUAAGGCCAUGGAAGGCGACAAGUGUUCAAUGGUUUUCCCAGUGGUGUCUGCCAAUGAAGGCGAGGCCAGAAGAUACUGUGAGGAAAAUGUGCCAUUUCACAUUCUAAAUGUGAAAAUUGACAAAUCCACGACAACUUGCGAUGCUGAAGCUACACUCAAAUGCGAACAAGGAUGGGUUCAGAUGUUCGGAAGAUGUUAUAAAAUUGAAAAGAAAAUGAUGAAACGGGAUUCGGCUGUGGAGUACUGUGCCACUUUGAAACCAAAAGCAAGAAUCGCUUUCAUGCAUAGAGAGGCAUUGCCAUUCAGAAUCAAUGACUACUUCUCUAAAGUGUCUCGUGUCUGGAUCGAUGCUAGUGAAGCCAUCACCAAUGACCUGACCUACGUAAAAGGCGAGAACCUUCUUCUGGCUCUCGACGGAUACAAAUACGCUCUACCGAACAUUGCUCUUGCCAAAGUUCCUUCCGAUGAAACUGCAAUGGCUCUCUGUGAAUACACUCCUACUAUGAAUCAAGCAGAGAGUAAUUACUUGUUGAGAAGAUACGGAGAAAUCUAUCAUACGAUCCUUUUCACCCCAGACAGAGCUUAUGUUCGAACUGCCAGCAGUUUGCAACGUAGCGACAAUCGCAAGAGGGAUAGUAACUACUGUAAAAAGGUUCUGAGACCAUUCCUCCAUAAUGAUGAUAUUGCUCAGUCCGCGGAUCCGAAUACAGAUUUUUUGGAACUAUUAUCCAAAGAUCAAUGCACGGAUAGUCGGGCAAAAAAUUAUGGUUAUGAUAACACUGACGGGGAAAAAGGACUUAUAUUCACAAAAGUUCCUCCUGAUGUUUGGGCGAAAAACCAACCGGAAGAAAAGUGUGAUGCAGGUAGCUGGAGUACUGGAAUUGUCUUCAGUCGCAAGGGAGAGCGAAGACUCGAAACGAUGUCUGAUGCCAGAUACGCCCCCAUCUAUUGUCAAACCAACUUUGAAAAAGUGACUUUCGGUGACUGCCCAUCUGGCUACACGGAGUAUUGGAGAGCAGAAAGAAGACAAAAGUGGUGCCACAAGUUUAUCAAUCGAAAGGCAAACUUCGACGAUGCAAAUGCGUAUUGUAACACAACAGAGAAGGGAUUUGUCACCGGUUUCGCAGAUGCCAAGGAGUUGGAGUUAUUGGAUCAACUGCUGGAUAAAGCCAUUAAAAGUGGAACAGUGUUCAAGAAAAGUGAAGGAGUGUACCUUGGAGUUCAGCGACGUCACCAGUGCAUUAACAGAAAGCAGAUUGCUCAUAGCACAGGAGGUUUCAACCCGGACCCAACCCAUCCAUGUUCUAAGGAACGGUUGUUCGAAUGGGUAUACGGUGUUGCCGAUCAUCCGCCAUUGUUCAAAGACUAUUGGGCUGUUGAGAGUGAACCAAAUUUCGUAGGUGACGAUGAGCGAUGCGUGGAACUGGUGAAGGGAUUCCAAACUAGAAGUGGCUGGCCGACGGGAGAAAUGAGCAAAAAGUUGAACGAUUUGCCUUGCGACAAACAGCUGUACUUCUUCUGCGGAAAAGAAGCACCGAUUAAAGUCAUUGGAGUCAACGUCUGA